AUGCCAGCGGUCCCCCGAGUGGAUCGCAUCAAAACUAUAUAUAGUGCCGCGAAAUCUCUCAAUUUUGGAUGGAGGUUCACUGAUUUUCUCAAAACGCCAGCAUACAAUGGUGUUUCCAGAUAUGUUCCUCAGCUCCACAGGAUAACUUUCCGAUUUUGUAAGCAAAGCGAAGCAAGCGCAGGUGUACGGAACUUCAUUGAACACAGACUUUUGGAUUAUGCAGCACGGACACCAUCUGUAGUUGUAUAUACGCAGCCUGUCCGCAACAAUAGUCCUCAAAUUCGAGCAGAAUAUGGGAAUGGUCGAAUUAUACAACUGUGCGCGUCGGGUAUGAGUAUGGAAGAUGUGGAACGGGAUGUUAAUUUGUUAUAUUCGCGAAGUGGACUUCCAGUUGUAAAGUUGGAAUCUCUGCAGAGUGCCGCUACACCUUCUGUACAGGGUGAAUGGACGCCAAUGACAUGGAUAUCUCCACGAUUGAAUUCUGCUACAUUACCGGAUCCUCAGUUCUCAGAACAUAAGACGAGUGAAGUGACGGCAACGGAAUAUCUUUUGGAACAACAAAAGCGGUGGCUUUUGAAGGCAACAACAAUGCCGAUGUAUCACGUGUCUCGUACAACGAGAUUCAUCCAAUACUGGAAGCACCUGCCCCAUAGAAUGCUGAAAACGUAUCCGGAGCAGACCAUCAUGUACUCGACAUUCGGCCUCGCCACCGUCGUUAUGGCCAUCUACAAGCUCUACAAGUUUAUAAAUCUGGACGAAAGACCAUAUUACCGUGGUUACUAUGACGUGGUUCGACCGAAUGAUCCAAUUGCGCUGAACUGGAGAAAACCCGAAGACUAUCCGGCUCCGUAUCUUUCGGAUGGUAUCGAAUAUGCUUGCUAA